GCCAUGAGAGGUCGCUGAGUAUUUCCUGUUCCGGGUUGUCACUUCCGUACUCCAGCAAGAUGGCGGGACGCGUGGUGCUGUCUGCAUGCCGUUCUACCGUGCUCAGCAGGGUCCCGGCUCACGGCCUGCGCAUUUCUCAGACAUGGCCAAGCCCCGCGGCCCGCUUCUGCCCACUGCUGUACAGGAAUUACGCCACGGAUGUCAAAAAGACCUACACCCGGGAGAAACCACACGUCAAUAUCGGCACCAUCGGGCACGUAGACCACGGCAAGACCACGCUCACUGCCGCUAUUACCAAAAUCCUGGCAGAGGCAGGCGGGGCGAGGUUUAAGAAAUAUGAAGAAAUUGACAACGCACCCGAAGAGAAGGCUCGCGGUAUCACCAUUAAUGCUUCACACGUAGAGUACACCACAGCCAACCGCCACUACGGGCACACUGACUGUCCCGGGCAUGCCGACUAUGUCAAGAAUAUGAUUACCGGGACAUCCCAGAUGGACGGCUGUAUCCUGGUGGUGGCAGCCACAGACGGGCAGAUGCCACAGACACGGGAACACUUGUUGCUGUCUAAACAGAUCGGGGUGCAGCACAUGGUGGUUUACAUUAACAAAGCAGACGCCGUCGAUGACAAGGAGAUGCUGGAUCUGGUGGAGCUGGAGAUCAGAGAGCUGCUGACAGAAUUCGGAUAUGAUGGAGAGAAUACGCCUGUGAUCAUCGGCUCUGCGCUGUGUGCUCUGGAGAACAAGAAUCCAGAGCUUGGGCUGAACUCCAUUAUGAAGCUCCUGGAUGCCGUGGACAGUUACAUUCCUAUCCCUACACGAGAGUUGGAUAAACCUUACCUGCUGCCGGUGGAGUCUGUCUAUUCCAUUCCAGGCCGAGGCACCGUGGUGACCGGAACUCUGGAACGGGGUACAAUUAAGAAGGGAGAUGAGUGUGAAUUUGUCGGCCGCAGCAAACACAUCAAAUCCGUGGUAACAGGUAUUGAGAUGUUCCACAAGAACCUGGACCGAGCAGAGGCCGGGGACAACCUUGGGGCUCUGGUCAGGGGGCUAAAGAGAGAUGAUGUGAGACGAGGAAUGGUCAUGUGCAAACCCGGUUCAAUCAAACCUCACCAGAAGGUCCAGGCCCAGGUUUACAUCCUCAGCAAAGAGGAAGGAGGACGUCACAAGCCUUUUGUCAGCAAUUUCUUACCCGUCAUGUUCUCGCUGACCUGGGACAUGUCGGUCAGAAUCACUCUACCCCAAGGAAAGGAAUUGGUUAUGCCAGGUGAGGACACCGGUCUAAUGAUGACCCUCCGGCAGCCUAUGGUCCUGGAAAAGGGUCAGCGGUUUACCUUGAGAGACGGAAACAAGACUAUCGGCACUGGAAUUGUAACAGACAUCCUGGAGAUGAAAAAAGAAGACGAGGAGGGGUGGAAUUAAUCCCUUCCCCCACACAUGAACUUAUCCGGGGGGGCAAGAGAUUAAUGAUUGCAAGACAAACAUCGGCUUGUUGUAGCACUUAUAACUCCUUCUGUCGUCCUGAUCUCCCCUACGUCCUGUGUAAUAUUCUCCUUAUCCCCAAUAAAGCAAGUGCUGCCCCCUGCUGGUUGUGGAGUUA